AUGACUCAGGGUUUGAUGAGACAUUUCUCGCGCACCAAAGCGCACCGUGACUUGAUGUUGCGGAAUAUGGUGACCCAGCUUUUCCAGCACGGUUCAAUCGUGAGUACACAUGAGAAAUGUAAAGAAGUGAGUCGACUUGCGGAUCGAGUCGUUACAAUGGCGAAAAAGGCGAAUCAGGGCCGUCACUAUGUCAGCGAAUUACAAUCGCGGUUGUCGCUUGCCGGAGACACGCGUAAAUUACUUAAAACCAUAUUAGAAGAAGUGGGACCACGUUACAAGACAAGAAACGGUGGAUACACGCGAAUUUUGAAACUUGAGCCUCGAGUGGGCGAUGCAGCAAGCCAGAGUGUUUUAGAACUCGUCGACAUGCCCGUGUUGGACUCCGCAGGUGAGUUAAAACGCGGGAACAUGCGACUAUGGCUUGCAUGCAAAGCGACAAUCGCAGACGAACUUUCGGGUCUAAAUUAUACACCUUUGACGUUACAAAACCUGUACAAAUUAAGCAAAUUCAAAACCAACGUGGCGCAAUUCUUCCAGACUGACAUACUCGCGAUCAGACGGUUUAUCAAGGAAAAAGAGGAUCUUGAAUGGAACGAAGUUCAAGAGGUAAAACUCGUUAAAGAGCUUCAAAAUCGCGUGUUUGCCACUGAAAAACCCGCUAGAAAUGUCCAGCGCGGCUACCAGCUCUUUCCUAAUCGUCCGGCACGCACAUAG